CUAAAAUAUUUUUGAAAAGCUCCCCGGAAAGAGACGGAUUGAUCCCAAAAUGUUUUUCUUUCGCUUUCUGUCUUCUGUCCUUUCAGUCCCCAUCUGACAAUUCCUCCAGUGCUCGAUCCUUAACGGAUUCAUAGUGUUUUUAAUAUUCUGCAUACAAGAGAGGUGUCUGUGUACGUGUGAGUACAUGUCUGUGGGUACGAGAAGAGGGAUGUCUCUAGAGACCAAGUACGUGGAGCUUUGUAAGGGUAUAAAUGGCCUUGACAAGAUCAUCUUGCGUGAGGUUCGUGGCUGCUCUGCGGAGUGCAUUCUUUGUGUGCUGUUUGCUAUAAUUUUCAAGCAGAAAGCAUAGAAAGCUUGUUGAUUAAGAGUGGUUUUAUGACCAGGUAUACCUGUAUGGAGGUCAUGUCACGUCCUGGAAGAAUGAACACGGGGAAGAAUUGCUUUUUGUUAGUAGCAAGGCUAUUUUUAAGCCUCCAAAGACUAUUCGUGGAGUUCAGCAAUCUUGGUUCUCUUGAACCACAUGGAUUUGCAAGGACCAGGUUUUGGACCAUUGACAAUGACCCCCCGCCGUUCCCAAUAAAUAGCUCCAACAAGGCCUUCAUUGACUUAAUACUUAAGCACUCUGAAGAAGAUGUGAAGAUCUGGCCUCACAGAUAUGAAUUUCGCCUACGUAUUACUCUGGGGCCUGGAGGAGAUUUGAUGUUGACAUCACGCAUUCGAAAUACAAACACUGAUGGGAAAUCGUUCACAUUUACAUUUGCGUAUCACACAUAUUUUCAUGUUACGGAUAUCAGUGAGGUGCGGGUAGAAGGACUAGAAACACUAGAUUAUUUGGAUAAUCUGAAGAACAGAGAGCGAUUCACUGAACAAGGAGAUGCAAUAGUCUUUGAAUCAGAAGUGGACAAAGUAUAUCUCAGCACACCUACCAAAAUUGCUAUCCUGGACCAUGAAAGGAAGAGAACAUUUGAAUUGCGGAAAGAUGGACUUCCUGAUGCUGUGGUUUGGAAUCCCUGGGAUAAGAAAGCAAAGACAAUACCUGAUCUUGGUGAUGACGAGUACAAGCAUAUGCUGUGUGUAGAGGCUGCUUGUGUGGAAAAGCCGAUCACUUUGAAACCUGGUGAAGAGUGGAGAGGAAGGCAGGAGCUCUCUGCUGUUCCUUCCAGCUACUGCAGUGGCCAACUUGAUCCACAAAGGGCAUUCUUAAGUGACAAGUUUGGGCUUGCAUGAUGCAUCUUUUUUACAGGUGCCCUUUUUGCAUCAUGCAUUUAGUGCUUCCAGUGGAUUCUUGCCAGGAUUUUUGGAGGCAGGAUUCAAAAGGACAAGUAAACAAUGUCAGUUGUGAAGAGAUCUAAUUUGUAUUUUGUCAACUUCGUUGACUUCUACUGAAAGAAAAACGAAUGAGUGGAAGAAGAGAAGGAAAGCAUCUAAAAGUUUCUAGGUUUCACCCUAUUCUUUUUACCCUUUUUUUAUUGUUUCGUUUUUAAAUGAUCGCAUUUGUUUUAGUUGAAUAAUAAUAUCCUUGGUUUAAUGAAAUUCUAUCGUUUUUAUAAUGAAA